AUGGAUGUGGAUGGAGAUUGCACGCUUCUCCCAUGCAAGGAGACAGUUUUGAGGGAGUUAAUGGUUGAUGUUAGUAGGCCUCAAUUGUAUGGGGCUAAAAAGAAAGCAAGAGAAGUUAUUGAAGGAGAUCAAAGGGUCCAAUAUGCAAAGGUAACAGGAUUUGUUAAAGGAAACAAGCUUAUUAUAGGAUUGAAUGGAUGUCAUUUGAAAGGAAUCUGUGGUGGACAAUUAUUAUGUGCACUUGGAAGGGAUGGGAACAAUAACUACUUUCCAAUUUCAUGGGCAGUUGUUAAGGCAGAAAGUAAAGAUUCUUGGGUGUGGUUCUUAAGGCAACUCAUGGAUGAUAUUGGUAAUGCUGAUGACAUGGGAUGGGUCCUCAUUUCUGACAAACAGAAGGGGUUGGUACUUGCAUUUGAGGAGAUAAUGCCAAAUGUGGAACAUAGGUUCUGUAUGAGACAUAUUUACUUAAAUUUCAUAGUAAAGUUCAAAGGGAUUGAAUUAAGGGACCUAUUGUGGAAGGCAGCUGCAGCUAGUACUAUGAGAGAAUUUGAAUUUCACAUGAACAAAUUAAAGGAAAUGGAUUCGGAAGAGAAAGCAUACAAGUGGCUAAGGAAGAUGGAUCCUGCUUUAUGGACUAGGUCCCAUUUCAGCUCAAGAAGUAGGUGUGAUACAUUGGUCAACAACAUGUGUGAGUCAUUCAAUAACAACAUCUUGAAAGCUAGGGACAAACCCAUAAUCAACAUGCUUGAAUGGAUUAGAAGGAAGGUAAUGCACAGGAUCCAAAUCAAAAAGAAAGGGAUGGAAAAAUACACUUGUGAAAUUUGUCCCAACGUUGUCAAAGAUUUGGAAGUACUGAAGGUGCAAGCUAGGAAUUGUUUUGCAACCUAUUGUGGUGAUAGAAAAUUUGAAGUAAAUUGUGGUGAUACCAUACAUAUUGUAGAUUUGGAGGAAAGGAAAUGCAGUUGUAGGAUGUGGGAUUUGACUGGAAUGCCUUGCAAACAUGCAAUAAGUUCCACAUAUAUUCAAAGAGAGAAGCCAGAGGACUAUGUGCACCCUUAUUACAGUAAGCACCAUUAUCUUGUAGCCUAUAACUCAAUGAUUCACCCUGUUCCAUGCCAACAUGAUUGGAUUAAAACAGGACUGCCAGUAGCGGCUUCUCCAUUGUACAGAAAGCAGCCUGGACGACCACCAAAAAUGAGAAAGAAUGAUAUAGAUGAGCCAAAAAACCCUGUCAGAGUUUUAAGGCAGAAUAGGUUCAUUCCCACUAGAGUUGGCCACACAUUUGAAGAAUUUCCAAGUAUGAGAGGCAACACAUCAGCAUCUCAUCCCACUAGAGUUCAAUACAGUUCUCCAAAAUUUGAUAACUCAUCAUCUCAGCCCAGGAUUACUGAAGUUGGCCAAAAUUCUCCACAUUUACCAACUUGGUUGGGCAACACAUCUUUAUCUCAGGUUUACUUGUUCAAAUAG